AUGUCCUACCCAGAUUUGUUGAGUGCAACAGAAUGGGAUGCUCAAACCCUGUUAAGGUCUGGCUAUGCACUGGCUCAAACUAUGCUCAUCACCGAGGACAUUGGUACGAGUCAGAUAACCCUCAAGACACUCAUUUUGUAUCCUGGAGGCCUGAUCUUCCACCACAGCACAUAUCUGACCUGGUCCGGCAUGAAGUUCGAGACUACUGAAGCACAUCCAUUUUCGGCUUUCCCCCCAUCUCCAUCACGUAUGUUAGACCGUCCCAAUCAAGGAAGUUCACCAGUAAAACGAUCCACUGCAUCUAUGGAGAAUCUCUUUGAUUUUAGUGAAGCAAUGGAAAUAGAGAUUCCAGAUCGGGUUUUUACUGAGGAAGAAGCUCGAGAGUUUGCUCGAAGUGUGGAUCUAGCCGAAGAAGAGCAAGGAAUAGAAGGUAGCGUUGUCCUCGGGAUUCAACUACUACAUGAACAAUUGACCCAACAUCUUUCUGCUUCUGCAAAUUCUAAUAUUUCCAAUCCUGUGACAGCCGAUAGCGCUCUUGUAACAGAUGAACCUCCGAGCCAGGAUACUUUGAUAAUAUCAGCAUCCUUGAGUACACAAUCUCAUUCAAAGGAACCUAUUUCAUCAUUCCUCCACAAUUCUAAUGAUUCCGAUUUUCCACCUCCCCAACCCCCUUAUCCUUCAUCUACCACUCCACCAUUUAUCUGGAACCCCGGAAAGACUGAAACUCGUCUUGUGAAUGGCUCCAUGCGUGCAUGUUGCCUUGGUCGUGGUUGCGCAGGGAAGGCCGGAGCUACAAUCAAUACAAACUGUAGUUUCAAGCUUUGCAAACCAUGUUGUGGAAAAUAUCAGGCCGAGAUGAAUAUCACCUGUAAAGAAGCAUCUCACAAACCCCAGGCAAAGACUUCGACAUCAGGUACAGAUCAAUUGCCUAUGUAUCUUCACACCCGGCCCCUUCUACCUCAGCAUUACCAGCGGAGAGAGCAGGCCCGAAUUGACCAUCAGGAACGAUCCACUAUACUGGAAAAUCGACAGUCAUAUGCAGAUGAUAUCCGACAAAAAGUCUACAUCAAAUUCUGGGAUGAGAAUGGAACAUCCGAUAUACUUACAACUGAAUGUAAGACCUACCCAUUCUUUUGUCUUGCUGAUUGCUCUGUUGCUGUACGUGAGGCUAUCGGAGCUACUGAAGGAAGGAUGGUGAAGACUUUUGAUCCUCGACUAAGGACUUGGAUACUCCAGGAAAGCACUAACAAACAGCUUCUUCAGGAUGGGGAAAUACUGCUCAUCCGUUCUCGUGUCUUAGAGGGGUGGGCGGGGGGGGAUAUGGGCCAUUUCCCUUUUUUUCCCACGCCCAACUCCUUGACCCCUUAA